CACAGAGCGCGCUGUCGAAAUUAUACGGGUAAUCGCGAGUUUGUAUUCAAUAACCUUAUACAGCACACAGCUCAAACCUUAGAUUUUUCCUCUCCUUCCUUUUUUCCUGCUUUCCCAUUCUUUCUUCUUGCACUGUACAAGAAAGUUCUAUCUUAAAAACAAGCCUUGCCACCCCCAAUGCAGCAGGAUGAUCGUGAUCCUCUCUUAGGGACGCAACACGGUAGCGACGACGACAACGAUAUUAAUAACACUUCCUCGUUUUCUGUCUCUACCAAACCCAGACCUCAAGAUGACAACAACAACAACAACCAUAAUGAUAAUGGCGCUUCAGAAUCUCGGCAUAGCGACGAAGAAGACGACGCAGACGACGGAACUAAUCAAGAAGAACGACGAUUAUUGAACGGACAUGUCGCUGACAACAACCAAUACGACCAAGCCGAACGACGCACUACACCAGAACCCAUGGAAGUACACGAUUCAAACGAGGAACCAUUAUUUAUUUCGAAAUGGGACAACCCGAUGUGGCGAUAUCCACUGUUGGCUGCGUUUUUUGGCAUGUUUCUAUUAAUGUUCAAAGUGGUCCUCAUUGUCGUUCUUCACAGCGAAAUGGCGGAACGGGGGCCCGAUCGUGUCUUGUUUAACGGCACAGAAUAUUUUGAUCCCACUGUUAUUUUGAUUUCGUUGGAUGGAUUUAGGGAGGAUUAUCUACAUCGCAAUAUCACGCCGCACUUGGCAUACUUUGGUAAGUAGAAUUGUUGAUCAUCAUUAUCAAGGGAUCAUGGUGCGACAGAGGACUAGGGAAAAAAAAGAAGUAGACAAUAAGGUUUCUGACGGCUCGAUCUAUCUAUGUAGCUGCGAAUGGCAUGCGUGCAGAAUAUAUGCACCCAGCGUUCCCUGUAUGUUUCUUCUUGAUCAUUGAGAUAUGGUUCCACGUG